CAGCUUAAUGCCUGAAGCCUUGUGUUUGAGAUGCGAAACAUUUCCUUCCGUUUUGAAUUGAAGGGAAACGCAUGCGCAGUAGCAUAAAAAGUGGCAAGGAAACAUGGCGGAAUCUGAACCACAAAAGAAGAUUCCUCGGGUGCCAGAAAAUCUACUGAAGAAAAGAAAGGCCUAUCAGGCAAUCAAAGCCACCCAGGCAAAACAGGCGCUGCUGGACAAAAGAAAGCAUCAGAAAGGAAAGCAGAUUAGAUUCAAACGCCUUGAGACAUUUUUGCGAGAUUCUCAUCGGAAACACAGAGACGAUGUCCGUCUGCGGCGCAUGGAACAGAAGCCUGGGCUGCUCUUAAUGCCUGAUAGACACAAACUGGCUUUCGUUGUACGGAUUGCAGAAAUUAAAGGAGUGAGCUUUCAUGUGCGGCAUGUCAUACAGAGGCUACGGUUGAGAAAGAUUUACAGUGGCACAUUUGUUAAAUUGUCACCAACAUCGCUAAAAAUGCUGCGAACUGUGGAGCCUUAUGUGGCAUGGGGUUACCCAAACCUCAAGUCUAUUCGAGAGUUGAUCUUGAAACGAGGCCAUGCAAAGAUCAACAAGAAGCAGCUUGCUUUAACAGACAACAUUCUGAUAGAGGAGCAUUUGGGAAACUAUGGUAUUAUUUGUCUGGAAGAUCUUAUUCAUGAAAUCUACUCAGCUGGGAAGCACUUCCUUGAAGUCAAUAAUUUUUUGUGGCCAUUCUACCUGUCAGUAGCUCGCCAUGCUGCCCGUAAUAAAGCAGGGUUCCACAAAGAGAUUGGCGAUACUGGAUUUCGAGGCAAUGGGAUCAACCAGCUCAUACGUCAUUUGAACUAGAUUCAGGUGGAUACUUUUGUGGAUUUCAAUCGUUACUUGCAUUGUAUGUUAAAAUAGUAUUGCCAAUGAAUUCCUUCUGUAACAAUCGCCAUAAUUCAGAAAAAUGGAGCACCUCUCAGGAUAUUCAUUCUGGUUUUGCAUUGUGAAAUUGUAGGAUGAUGCCAAAACUGACUAGUUUCAAUUCCAGGGUAUAAAAACAGGAGACGAGCUAUAGGUCCAAAGUUCAGUUCCUCAGCAUGUUCAGUAAAAAGACCGGGUAGCAGAGAUGGAAAAGGCCUCUUGUUGGAGUGCCUGUAGAUUAGGAAUGGAUGGACCAAAGGUCAGAUCAAGUAUGAGGCAGGUUCAUAGGACUUCUUUCAUAUCCAGUUAUCCAUAGGUUUGGCAGCUUCAGGUAGACUCCAGUAAGCCACAUGCAAAAAAAACAGGAGGAAUCAAGAUUUACUCUGUAGUGGAUCAUACUUUGUAUAAAUCUGCAUGACCCUUGCAUAUUGGGUCAGAUGCUUCAGAGAAAGGUGGAGGAAACCUCAAAGAUGCCAAUCAGUUUAGGUCCUUGCAUACCAUAACUGACAAUGCAUAAAUCCAAUGGGUUGUAUUCAGUGCAGUGCUAAGGUGAAUGUUUCAUUAGCACAAGGAUUUUUUCUUGUGUAAUGGAACAUUCUCUCCCUCUCCUACCCUUGCAUGCUCCCUAAAUCGGUUCUGAGGUGUCCACCAGCCCUCUGGAACAAUUGGGGGAUGGCAUGGUGGGGGGGGGGGAGAGAGAAGGGGAAAAUCAUUGUCCUAGUGCUAAUCCUUGUGCUCACACAACUAUUUUGUUGAAUACCACCCAGUUAAAUUAAAGUGAAUUUAAUUAGGUGUGCAGUGCUGGGAGAAGUGUUUUGUUUGUUUGUUUGCUUUUUAGGAUUCCACCUCCAGUUAGACUGCACACUUGUCUGCUAUACUGUCAUGAGCUUAGUUCUCACCAACAGCUUUCUUCCAUACUUGUUUCCAGGUCAGUCAUAAAAAUACCAUUUUCCUUAGUAUUUUUCACCAGCUGUCUUCACUAGGCCCCAAAAGUGUAGUGGUUUUUUUUGCAUAUUUUUGUUUCUUUCUGAAAGAUUGUUGUGAAUAUAUUUGUACUCCAUGAUGUACAUCCGAGUCUCAUUACAUCUGUUCCCUCUCUAUGUGAUUAUGAAACUACACCUCCCUAACUAAAUUGGAAGAGAUAUCCAAGAUGUGACUUAAAUGUUAUGAUCAAAUUGUGAUCCUAUUUAUUGAAUAGACCUCUUAAAAAUGUCACUUGCACAGCCCUCUGAAAUUAAUAUAUAAUCUACAAAGACAAUGGGGAAGUUUUGAAACCCAGUACUGAUUGUGUGGAAUUUAAGAUACGCUUCGAGUAGGAAACCUUAGAUGACCUAGACCCAGUGAAAUGUUUUGGCGUGUAUUGCCUGAAUGCAACAGGAUCCCUCUUCCCAGGUUAAUGUUUGAUUCAGCUACAGACCAGUUGAUACCUUAACUUCUCGUCAAACUUCUUGAUGCGCCAGCCCAUCUCUCUCAAACAAGCCACUUUGAAUAUAUCCCUUGAACUUUUUUGUAUGUAGUCUCAUAUAAAGACUUAAUUUUUUAUUAUUGUGGGGUUUCUUUAUAUAUCUGACAAAUGCAAGAACUGGAUUUGGGAAUCCUGCAAUCUAAGCUUUUGAUUCUAAUGAAUGUGUUGCCUUUUGACAUUUGUAUGCUAUUGGUUGAAGAGAAACGGAGGAAAGCAAUUAGUGAAACUUACGUCUGGGAGAUAGAUGGUGAUUUAAUUUCUUAUGUGAAGCAUCCAUGUACUGUGGGGAUUGGAGGAAAGGUGGGGUAUAAAAAUACAAAAUAAAUACAUUAGUAAUGGGCCAUUAGUUUUAAGGGGGGCACUUGUAAGCUAUGCACCUGAUGCAGAAUGAGUCUAAAUUAAACUACAACCCUUUAAACCCAAAUACCCUGCAUGUGUAUAAAUACAAUUUGUCAUAACAUAAGUUGUUCCUUAAUUGUGUACAGUGGAUAGCAUCUAGUAGAGAAAUCAAGGACUGUGGUAAUAUGGAUCAUUUCAAACAAAUUUUUAACCAGCAGCUUCAGAAACAACGGCAUUUACAUCUUAGUUAUCACUAAUGAGGAGAUGUAUCAAAUAGACAAAAUCCUGGUUUAAUGCACACGUGUGUACGCAGUUAAACUGUGGGCAAAGUUGAAGUAUAAAUUCAUAGGUUACCAGUCGUGGUUGUAUGGCACUUCCAGUAUGAGUUGCUUGGGAAGUGACAGCAGAAGGCUUCUGUCCCCAAGCCCUACUUGUGGGCUUCCUAUAGGCAGCUGGUAGACCACUGUUGGAAACAGGAUGCUGGACUACAUAGGCCUUUGGUUUGAUCUUGUAUUCUUGUUUGUGAGGUUAUAUUUUCUAGUUUGCAGCACAGAUAUAACUUCCCAACUAGUGACCAUGAUCAAAGUCAGGAUGGUCUGAAGGCACAUGAUCUGCUAAGUGGCCUUGACCCUGCACUAUGGAUACAUCAUCUGGGAACCAUCUGUAGGCCACUUGGCACAUUUGGAGGAAUAGUUGUAUAUGUUGUUAAUAAAGACUGCUGCCAGGCAUUUUCUCAAAUGUGAGCUUGCAUACUCAUUUAUUCCAGUGGUGGUACCUGUCAUCAUCAGGCUAGGCAUUACAGAACAGCAGGUAUGCUCAGUAAAAAGCCAAAGAUUUCACAAAUAUGGCAAGGGGGUGGUUUUGUUGGCAGAUCACAGCUGCUCAAGAAAAAAAAUCCCCCAUGUGCUCCCCUCCACGCAGCAACUAAGAUUAGGGAAAAAGUUUCCAUUGGGUACCAAUUCUACUUUUGUUGUAAGCCUAAUAGCUGCACAUGGGGCUGGGGGGCUCAGUAGGGGAGGCUAUGGGCUAGAUCUAAUCUAUAGGCUGGUUGUUCCCAAUCCCUAGAGCCUUGUAUCAUCCUGCAGUAUGUGCUUCUGUACACAACUAAAACACAAAAUGAAGUAGUUGUGUUUAUUAGCAGCAGAUUGUCACAUCAAAGUAGAUAGUUAUACAAGAUACUUUGCUAGUUAUGAUAAAAAAGCUGAAGUUGCACUUCAUGCAUUUAAAAUCUUUAUUCUGCAAAAGAAUACAAUUAAAAAGACAUUUGACACAUUCAAAUAAUAUCCUAUAAUGUACAGACCAGAAUGAGAAAAUUCAGUUGCAUAUUAAAAAACAGGCUUUCAGUAUUCUAGCAAUGCAUCCCUAGUAUAUUUUCAAGAUUAUCAAGUUGGAUAGCUCACCUGGUAGUUUUGCCUGUUUAUCUAGUCCACAUUGAGAACUUGAGAAUUUUUUUUGCAAUAUAAUUUGGAAUGAUUUGGCAUGCACUUGUAAGAUAGGCUAUGGAGAGAUUUUUA